AUGAGUCAUUCGAAUCAUUCGCUGAAAUCACUAGCAGCAUCAUUAAAUAAAGUCCAUUCUCAUCAACAGAAGCCGAGUGUUCCAGUAACUUUUAGGAGUAACAGUCUUGCUGAUAAGUUACGCCCAGGAAGACAUCGUUGUAAUUGUCAAGCUAGAGUGCAUAAAUUGAUUCGGAAUUGCAUAAGUUGUGGACGUGUAGUAUGUGAGCAGGAGGGCAGCGGACCUUGUAUGUUCUGUGGUGAACUUGUCUGCACUCGAGAAGAACGAGAACUUUUGAAUCAGCAGUCAAGAAAAUCAGUUGAACUAUACAAUAGAUUAUUGGGAUGCGAUAAUGACGAAACUGUUAAUGGAGGAGUGUUUUCGCUGGCAUCAGUUGGGAGUGCGUUAGCAAAAGCUGAGCAAUACAAGAAUAAAUUAUUGACCGCAGAUUCUAACGCAGAAAUGAGAACACACAUUCAUGACUUGGAAUCGGACUAUUAUAACACGGAAAAUAAUAUAUAUUUGACAAAAGCGGAACGGGAAGCUAUAAUGGCUCGCAAAGAAGAAUUAAAAGAAUUAAGAAUGCGACAGCGACGAGCUCUUAUUGUAGACUUCGAUUUGGAGAAAGCUAGUGUUUCUGAAACGAAAGAAAGAUGUGAGGAUGCACAUGAUCCAGUGAUCGAGUCAAUUUUGUUAUCUUCCAGAAGACGACAACAAACUGAAGUAUCAAAGCCUGUAGCAAAAUGGGCUCCGGAUGGGUUUGUACCAAAGUAUAAUAGUCAAAUGAAACGGAAAAACAAUCAUCAACAUAAUAGCGAUGAUGAAGGCGACAUGGAAGAUGAAGCAUUUAUGAUGCUAAGUGAUGAAAUGAUGUAUAUGGAAGUAGCAAGAAAAGGUUAUUCGAUGGGGAUUGUUCAACCUGUUGCAACAUUGUUGGCUUAUGGAUUUCGAAGGCAUCUUGCUUGGAAUGAGGAUGUUGAUGUUAGAGGACCAGUGCUUAUUGCUGCGAAAAGCAAAGCCGUUUCAAAAAAUGCAAUUGAAAAGGAAAUCUCACACUUUUGUCAUUCUUUUCCAAACAAUGAUAUAGAAAAACACAUACUUCCAUCAGAAUUUCCUUCGGGUGCGAUUGUAGGUCGCGCACUGCUUACUGAUUGUUUGUCGAUGAAAGAAUAUGAAGGGAAGUAUUCGAACAGGGAAUGCUCUGCUGCUGAAGGAUCUCAUGUGCUAAUAUUCGAUGUCUUUGAACCGUUGCUUAUCCCCAUUCCUCAUAUUCCUCCUUCAGAUAGUAUUUAUCAAGUUGACAAGCAAUUACUGACUGUUAUAAAACAAAUUCUCGAACCGACAUCAUUCUCUUGA